ACGUCAAACGCUGUCCGUGUCUUCUCCGCCCGUGCGAUUUCAGAACCGACGCGUCAAAUUACGGUCCGGGUAAAAGUAUUUUUUUUCGCUCUCCGGAUAGUGCCGUAAAAAGCGGUUCCCCGCAGGUGUACGAAGUAGAAGAGUGCUGCCGUAGCAGUGUGGGGUGUUGCGGUUCUCGUUGAAUUGUUUGAAAAUCGUCGACCAGCUUCCGAUCUGUGAUGAAUCCAUAUGGUUGUGAGUAUUUCUAGCGUCCGGAUCCAGCUCGGAGAACGAUUGAUGUGUUGUUAAGUUAGUGUUCCCUAUCUUUCCUGUGCCUCCAACGCGAAACCUCCCUUUACUUCUUAGAGGAAGCUCCCAAUUCUGUCUUCUUCCUACUCCUCGAACCGGUUGUGGAUCCACGUGUAAUUCUGUGUACAGUAGAAGAGAGAGAGGGGGACAGAUUCCGGUGGUCAACGACGGUGGGACAGCGCACCAAAUCCCAGACACGAUCCCAUCACAAACCACAAAUCCUCAGUUUCCACACACAAAUGGCUAACAAGAUGGUUGGGAAGGCUAAGUUGCCCGUUGAGUCGGAGGACGCGCAGAAGCUGCGCUUUCAGGUCGAGCUCGAGUUCGUGCAGUGCCUGGCGAAUCCCAACUAUUUGCACUUUCUUGCCCAGCGCGGCUUCUUCAAGGACAGCGCCUUCAUCAACUACCUAAAGUAUCUGCUGUACUGGAAGGACCCCGAGUACGCCAAGUACCUCAAGUAUCCGAUGUGUUUGUACUUUCUCGAUCUGCUCCAGUACGAGCACUUCCGGCGGGAGAUUGUGAACGCGCAGUGCUGCAAAUUCAUCGACGACCAGGCCAUUCUGCUGUGGCAGCACUACACGCGACGGCGCACCCGGCUCACCUCGCUCGGCACGACCAGUCUGACGGGGCUGGCCGUCGGCGGUCAACCCGUGGGCGGUGGAGUCCAGGGAACGCUCCUCUCGAACGAUCCGGCGAUCGCAGCCCUGACGGCGGCCAGCAAUAACAACAACAACAACAACACGGUCAACACAAACGCCAACAACCCGGGCGGUGGUGGGCAGCCGGGAGGGCAGUCCGGUGGCGGACCUGGCCAGCAGCAAAAUGGUGGCCCAAUUGCGCAACAAAAUGGGCUCGGAAACAGCACCGGAAUGGCCGGGAUGGUGCUCGGGGGAGGAGGUGGAGGUGGUGGCACUGGCGGAAUCAAUCUCAGCGGACAGAAAGUGUCCUAAUGUGGCUCUCAUAAGAGAGUUGCGCACAGAAGUGAGUGUGAAGAGGAACCUUUUCGGAAAGUUUAAGUUUUCUUGUGUAAAAAGACUGUUUUAUAAAUAUUCUUUGUAAUAAAAUGCUAUAGCGAUGUAAACUAGCGUA